AUGAGCGGGGGGGAUCGGAGCAGGCCGAAGUUACAUCGUCGGCGGCCGCGUCGUCGAUCACGGACGGUCGCAACUCGCGACGUUGUUGACUCUGCCCUGUUAUUCAGUCCCAAUGUCCAAAGAAAUUCCCUUCUUUUCAUCGCUGUACUAUACGGUCGUCUCGUGCUGACGGUUGGCCAUUUAGCGCUCAGCGCCCACGCUGCCCAAGAUGCGAGGCACGACUGA